AUGGGCGAUUUGCAGACUUUGCGGAAGAAGCAGGAGAUCCUGCUGAACAAGCUGGAGGUGCUGAACCAGUUCGUCGAGCACUACAAGGCGGAAGAACACGAGUGCCAGCUGGAAGUUCGACUCGGAAUGCUGAACGACGUUUACCUGGAGUUUACGAACCUACGGACGAAGCUGGAGUUGCUGCUGGAAGAAAAGGAUGCGGCCAAGUACGCAGAUGCGGAGCCGAAGGUCAAGCAGGAGGUCGUGUCACAUCGUGAAGAGGCCAAUCUACAGGUGGUACAGGAGUUCGACAACAAAUUCUGCAAGGUCAAGGCGAUGCUGAUUGCGAAGCGGCCGGUCAAGGUCGUCGCACAGACAGCUCCAAGUGUUGGUGAUGCGGAUACCUCGUUUCCGUUGCGCGUCAAGCUGCCUGACAUUCAUCUGCCGAACUUCAGCGGAAAUCUGCGCGAGUGGGUGACCUUCCGUGACACCUUCAAGAGUCUCAUCCACCGGAACUCGAAGCUGACAUCGAUGGACAAGUUCACCUAUCUCCAAUCGUCACUUUCUGGUCCUGCAUUGCUGGAGAUCAGUGGCAUCGACCUGUCGGAAGAAAACUACUCCGUCGCGUGGAACGCGCUGGAGGAGGAGUACGGAAACAAGAAGCUGAUCGUGAAAGCCCACCUCGAUGUCAUUCUGGAUCUGGAACCGCUGACCAAGGAGUCGUACGACGGUCUCAGCCACCUGCUCGGUGAGUUUGAGAAAAAUCUGCAGAUGCUGGACAAGAUGGGCGAAAAGACUGCCGACUGGAGUACGGUUAUGGCGCACGUCCUGUGCUCAAAGCUGGACUCGGCCACGCUUAGGAAUUGGGAGACCCACCACAACAGCAAGGAUGUCCCAACCUACAAGGCUCUACUGGAGUUCUUGCGCGCCCACUGUUCGGUUCUUCAGUCGAUCCAACGAGCGAAAGCGAAACCGUCGGAACAGCGCCCUCCGAAGGCAGCGGUCUGUCAUACUGCUGUGCGGAGCAGCAACCAGUGUCACUUUUGCAGCGGCCCGUGGCACACCCCGUUCCGGUGCUUCAAGUUUCAGAAGAUGACGAUCUCGGAGCGCAACGACGCUGUUUCGAGAAACAAGCUGUGCAGAAACUGCCUGAAGCCUGGACAUAACCCGCGGAUGUGCGAAGGAGGAACUUGCCACCACUGUCACCAGAAACAUCACUCGAUGCUGCACAACGAUCAGAUGAGAUCCUCCGUUCCACAACAGCAGUCGAGACCAACCGCGACGACCUCAGUACAGCGACAAAAACCCAGACCACAGAACACGAAUCAGACAACACACACUCCAGCCAACAAUGCACCUGCUAAUCCGACUAACCUACAGACUACAGACUCUCAAGCCACACAGCCACAAACCACUAGCCAAAACUACGUUGCACUACCCGUCACGCCCACACACAACAUCAUCCUGUCAACCGCGCUCAUCCGUAUCAAAGACCGCUUUGAAACACGCUGCUAG